AUGGCAUUCGAAAAUCCUUUCCUGGUCUUCCCCAGAGAGAUUAGAGACAAGAUCUACAACUACACAAUACAGGACAUAAAGUUCACAAACAUUCUCGCUCACAAGACGGCUUACACUCCUCAGAACGCGCCUAUUCUUUACAUCAACGACGCCAUCGCCAACGAUGUUAAGCAUCUAUUAUACAAAGACCAUGAAAUGGUAGCUCACAUCGGUCAACCCCGCCUUUACGCAGAAGGACCAACAGGCUAUCUAUCCCACGUCCAAAGAUGCUCACGCUUGAUGAAGCAGCGCUCACAUACAUUUGUCGCCGAGCUCUGGCGGUCUCAAUAUUCGCGGUUCAAUCCUUCAUUCCAAGGUUGCAAUGAAAGCGAAGAGGAAUUUGGGAGGCACGUAAUAACAGAAUACUGUAUCCCUGCGAUUGCUGGCGAUGACCAUGGGGAGUUGCUGAGUAGGAAAUUUUUUGGCGAAUUGGCUGAUGUGCAACCGGAAUUGCCAAACCUUCAAAGAGUGGAAAUCAAUAGCUCGAUUGUGAUUUGGCUGGGAUUUUGUCGUCCCUGGAAACAGCCGCUUGACCAGUAUAAUGAAUCCAGAAUGGGGCACCACACGGAUGUGUAUUGUGGUGAAGCAUGA